GAAGCCGAAGCCAAUGAAAAGAAUAUUGCGGCCAGGAAACCGGCGACCUGACCUGUGCGUAGUGUUGCAACAUAAUCAGGACGUCAAGAUUACAAAUAGGACUAAGGUGUCGUGGAAGUUGGAACAUGGCCGCUGCAGUUAUGCUAAGAGGAAUAUGCCGGAAUUGCACUGUCAACAGUAGCUAUGGAGUGCUACGAAUGAAUGGCAUACACAGAUUCCCUCCUAGGUUUGUUCUUCCUGCUACUAAGCUGGCAUCACGUGCGCUAAUACCUUGUCAGGCGAAAUUCAUUAGUGUCUCAGCUAAGAAGAAUGCAGCCCCAGAAAUAGAACAGGCUGGUCAUGACCAUGUACUGCACUGGACAGCAGAACGUAUAUUGUCUGGAAUCUUGAUGGGUGCAAUACCAUUAGCAGUGGCAUUCCCGUCUCCGGCUAUCGAGUAUUUCCUUGCACUUUCUAUGACACUUCAUUCUCACUGGGGAAUUGAAGCCAUUGUUGUGGAUUAUGUGAGGCCAAGUGUGUUUGGCAAGGUCAUCCCCAAGUUGGCAGUUGGUGCAGUAUAUGGGUUGUCCUUCUUGACACUUGGAGGACUUUGUUAUUUCAUAUAUACAGAUGUUGGAAUUAUCAAUGCUGUGAAACUUUUGUGGAAGUUAUAGUUAAAGAUACUUUUUGACAAAAGAAUUUUUUUUGCAAUUGUUCAUUGAAUUUAUUAACGUGUUUCUUGGAAGAAAUAAUGAUAGUAGGAGCUUAUCCCAAUUUUUAGGGACAAUUUCAUUUCAUAUUUUGCAACCAAAAUUUGUUUCAUUAUCUUGCAGCAUAAUGCACAGUAUGUGACUACAGAUAGCAGCCAAAUUGAUGCCUUAAUUGUUCAGGUGUAUCAACAAUGUUAAACAUGUAUGCAAAGUAGUGGUGCCAUUUCGUUGUCUGUAAUGAUCAAGGUUUACAAAGUGGAGGUAUAUUGCCUCUAGAAAAUGGAAUAAAAGCUCCCAUAAAGAGUUUAUUCUCAUUCACAUAAUCAGUCAUAUGCACUGUAGAACAUAUUAGACAGUGGUAGUAAUUGUUGGCUACCAAGUUCUGUUGAAAGUUAAUCAGGCAUUAUAGACUGCCAUGUUUCACUGGAAUUUUUAGUUAGAUUAGUCUGUAGUCAUAUAGGUUGUAUAGAUAAAAUACAAAUUGUAUGUCUACCUAAUGCUAAUCUGGAUAAAGGUUGUUGAUGUACUGUCUUUCUAUUUUACUAUAAAGUGAAGUGCUGUAAUGUAAAUAUACAGGGAGGGAACAAAGCUGUUGUACAAGUAUCUUUUCUUUGCAUGUGCACAUUUUAUUAAAUGAUUGCUAUCUAUUGUAUAUAUUAAUUAUGUUAAUAAAGUAAUUUAAGAGAUUCUA